AUGUACAUAUACAAGAACUCUACUUAAAAACUUAAACUUUAAUAAAAUAAAAGGGUAUUUAAUUUAUUAUUUAUUAAAAUUUAUAGGCAUAGUAGAUUAAUGAUUAUAAUGAUAAUACUUGCAAAAAUAUUGUCAAUAAUAAAUAGCAAAAAAAAGAAUUUAAUAUUAACACUACUAAAAAUGAAAAGUUAAAAAAUAAUCAACAUUCAUGUGGAGUUUCAAAAACGAAUCCAUAUUAUUCGCCUUAAUCUUUAAUGAAAGAAGAAUAAAUAGGGGGUAAGUCUAAAAUUAGUCAUAAUUUAUAAGUUUAUCCUUAAUUUAUUCUAAAAAAACAUAUUAAUGGUAUUGUUAUUCCAACUGAUAGAUAAAAUCGUUUUUUAAAAUGGUUAAGAAUUAGAAAUCAAGGUAUUUAAUACAUCAUCUAAAAUUUAUUAUAAAUUAAGUAGGAUAAGUUUGUUAAAACAAUAAAAUAUCUAAGACAAAUAUAAUAAGAAUAAAUAAUUAGUGUAGAAAAUUAUAAUUUAAAAUGAAAAAUAAUAUUUUGGAUAAUACAACUAGAUAAUAGAUAAAAAUAAGAAAUUGAUAUAUCCAAAUAAGAAAUUAAUAAUUAAUUUUCUUUUCAAAACUCACAUCGAUAAAUUAAAGUUGAAUAAGCAUAUUUUUAAUCAGCUAUAAUCCUUAUUUACCUCGAUAAACCUUAUAAUUUGA